GCAUUACGCAUGCUUUGUGUUGUCGUUUUAUAAACAAAGGAUUGUUUUGUUCAUUUUUGCAUUUAAUUUCUCUUUAAUGAUAUUAAAUCAAUCACAAUAAACAAGAGUGCAAAUAGAAAAGUGCACAUUUUUAUUGUAUUUUUAAGCAAUUAUGGAAGAAUUAAGAGUAAAGUGGUGCAAUGAUUUAGAAGAAAUCCUCCAGUGUCCUGUUUGUUUCGAAAGACCUGUAAAACCAAUAUAUCAAUGCAACUAUGGACAUCAUAUUUGUUCCGUUUGCAAAAGAAAAAUUACAAUUUGUCCCAUGUGUCAAAAAACGUAUAAUGGAUCAAGAAGUUAUUUGGCUGAAGAUUUAACUUUGAAGUUGGAUGAAAUUAAAAAUUCACUCCUCACGCCUCCGAAGGAAAUACAACUUAUUACAAUUUCAACGCAAACUGACAACGUUGAAAUAAUAGAAAAAAAAGAAGAAGAAACUGUAAAGGAAGUGAAAUUAUCACAACCUUCAGCAGCAAAAGGAUCAUUUCCUUGUCGAUUGGCAAAAUGUACUUUUCAAGGUCCUCAUAGCCGAAUUCUCAAUCAUUUGAAUUAUUUCCAUAAAGACAGAUUAGUUGAGACUGAAAGUUCAAGUGGAAAGGAAUAUUCCCGUCAAUGGGAAAUGGAUCAUCUUUCAAAUAUUGUUUUCGAUUUGGCAUUUUUCAUUCAAAAAAUGGGAAUUUUCUUUUUAAUAACGACUAUUAAUGGUGCUGGAGAUUUCACCGGAAAUGUUCAAAUGGUGCACAAUAAUAAUACGGCUCACGAAUUUAAAUACAAAUUGGAAAUUACAGGAAAUGGAAGAUCUUGCUCAUUCGAAGGAUUUCCUCGUUCUUGUAGAACGCUCGAGGAAACAACAUUUAAAAAUAGUCUUCACAUUGCAUCUCAAGAUAUUCAAAGAAUAGUAUGUAAUAAAAACAAAUUUACCUGUAUUUUUACAUUGACACGUAAUGAACCAAAAACUGCCAAUAGCGCCAACUGACUUAAGAAAACAGAGAUUAUUUAUUUUUUUCAAUUUCUUUCCUUUUUUUUAAUACUUAAGAAAAAUGUUAAUAACCAUUAUAAAAAUUCAUGGUUUUCGUUCUAUUUUUAUUCUUUAAUGAUUCUUUGUUCCUUUAAAUUUAAAAUGUUGACUAUUACAAUUAAUUGAUAUUUUAAUUGUUCUCAAGAAAAAAAGUUUUAUUGUUUAAACAAAUUUCAAAAAACUAUGGAAAUUUUAUACGAAAGUGUGUGAUAAAAUAAAUUUUUUUAAGAAAACGAUA